CGGCAAGUCGGAGGCAGCAAGAUGGCGGCUGCUGAGGAAGGUUGCGAUGUUGGGGUCGAAGCGGACCGGGAACUGGAGGAGCUUCUGGAAAGUGCUCUUGAUGAUUUCGAUAAAGCCAAACCCUCCCCAGCACCCCCUCCUACCACUUCGGCCCCCGAUGCUUCAGGGCCCCAGAAGAGAUCGCCAGGAGACACUGCCAAAGAUGCUCUCUUCGCCUCCCAAGAGAAAUUUUUCCAGGAACUGUUCGACAGUGAGCUGGCUUCCCAAGCUACUGCAGAGUUUGAGAAGGCAAUGAAGGAGCUGGCUGAAGAAGAGCCGCACCUGGUGGAACAGUUCCAGAAGCUCUCAGAGGCCGCUGGGAGAGUGGGCAGUGAUGCAAACUCUCAACAAGAAUUUACUUCUUGCCUAAAGGAGACAUUAAGUGGGCUAGCCAAAAAUGCCACUGACCUUCAGAACUCGGGCAUGUCUGAAGAGGAACUGACCAAAGCCAUGGAAGGGCUGGGCAUGGAUGAGGGUGAUGGGGAAGGGAACAUUCUUCCCAUCAUGCAGAGCAUCAUGCAGAACCUACUGUCUAAGGACGUACUGUACCCAUCCCUGAAGGAGAUCACAGAAAAGUAUCCAGAAUGGUUACAGAGUCACCAGGAGUCUAUUCCUCCAGAGCAAUUUGAAAAGUAUCAGGAGCAGCACAGUGUCAUGGGCAAAAUCUGUGAGCAGUUUGAGGCAGAGACACCCACAGACAGUGAGGCUACUCACAGGGCCCGUUUUGAGGCGGUGCUAGAUCUUAUGCAGCAGUUACAAGACUUGGGCCAUCCUCCAAAAGAGCUAGCUGGGGAGAUGCCUCCUGGCCUCAACUUUGACCUGGAUACCCUCAAUCUAUCGGGCCCACCAGGUGCCAAUGGCGAACAAUGUCUGAUCAUGUGAAACACAACAUAUUUUCCUCCCUGAGUCCCAGCCAUGGGGAACAUCUGGAGUCAGCAGAUCACUGGGAAACUGAGGCAAGAGCAUCGUCUCUGGGAGCUGGCUGCCCCACACUCUACAUCCCAUUCAAGACUGUGCCAUACCGGCUGAGGACCUGUUCUGUAGGCCGUUUCCAUGAGUCCUACUCCAUUAUGGUUUCUGCUGUUAGAAACAGGCCAAUUAUUUGCCAGGUGAAGGAAGGCAUCCCUUUUGGGGCAUUUUACUUCUUCCUGCUCCCCCAAAUAAUGUUAUAUAUGACUGUACUCAUGUUCCCCUUUAUUCCCAGUGUCUCUGUGCCUUGUUUAUACUCCCUCUCUUGGAUCUGGGGAGCAGGAGCUGAGUCUUCGGACUCUGUGUUUCUGUUAGGCAGGGCCUCUGGGAAUGAGGAGAAAUGCAGCCUGGGGCUGCAGGCUUGUCACCACAUCUCCUUGACUUCAUUUUGAAUUCUCUGAAGGGAAAGGAAUUUGCACUUACUCGUUGUCAGGUUGGAAGCGAAGCCUUGGGCUUCUCCUGUACCUAGGUGCUGCCCCUAGUUCCCCUUUUCUCCUAAGAACUUAGUUGCUACCCUGGCUCUUCCUACAGCUGUGAUUUGGGGGAACCCCGCUCUUGACCUUCCUUUGCCCCCUGACUAUCCCCUUACCUCCUCUUUUUUUUUAGAUUCUUAUUUAUUCCAGCCCCUUUUAACAAUGCUGUGAUAGAUGAAGGCCAAUCUCGUUUCCUUUCAUCUAGUGCCUGUACCAUGCUCACUAGACCCUUCCCUUCUUCCCUGGCCAACACGUGAUUGUAAAGUCAGAACUGUAAAUGAGUGGCCAUUUUACCCACAUAAAUUCUGGCUUAUUUGAGACAUCAGAUUUCCCUAUUGAAUCCUUGGUUCAGGAAGGUGCUUGGGAAAGGGGUGUAGCCUGAGUCUUUUUUCCUGCAAGCCCCAUGGGGCAAUAAUAAUAAAUAUUCUGAGCAAGUAUGUGGGUUAUUUUUCAUCCAGGUCUGUUUCUAAUCUUUCUUAUCUUCUGUAAGCUGCAGAGUAUAGUUUUGUAUAAUGUUAUGUUAGACUACCAUGACCCAGCCCUCCAGCUCAGGCUGCACUUCUUUGGCAAAAUGAUACUGUCUUCAUCUCCCUGGUAUUUCAGUUUUAACUUUUUAUAUUAUAAUUAAUGUUAGUGAUAUAUUGUUAACAUGUUUUCUAAAUUACCUAACUUUGAAUUGAUCUUCUUCUCAGUGGGUCUAAGGACCAUCCAUGGCUGCCAUAUAUAUUUUAUAGAUAUUCUCUUUGGCCCACCUACCUGUCCUGGUUCAUUUGGAAAAUAACUUUUUAAAAGUAUGUUUAUUUUGGAAUUUUAUACAUGUAUAGAAUGUAUUCUGAUCAUAACCCCCCCUUCUCCGGAAAUAACUUUUUCAAAAACAAAUCCACAUUUAUCAUUUGAGUCGUCAAGCUCAUAAACACAUCAUUUCCCCCUGGUUAAACUCACCCUUAAAGAUGCUACACAAAAAUAAAUAAAUAAAUAAAAUGCUA